GAGGAGGGGGAGGAGGGGGAGGCGAAGAAAUGGUCGAACACGGAGAAUGCACGCGGAGAGAGGACAUAAAUCGAGGAGCGAGUUUGAAACUCGUUUCGCUUUUCGUGGUUGCACGGGAAUGAUCGGUUGACAGUCUCCGUCUUUCUGUCGAGCCUAAUUAUACAACGAAUUUAAUGAAUGAGCGAGCUAGCAAAGACAGUGGCCCAUACACGAGCGUAUAUAAACCACGGUCAAUGCCGUGUAGCGGCUUUUGUGCGAGAUCAAAGGAGGCAUCUUGCUCGCACUUUGCAGGAUUAACUCGCUGUUGCUCGCUGCUCGCUCGUAAACGCCGCGCUCGGCCCCCUCGGAAAUGCUCGAGACACUUGGGCGAAUUACGUUGGCGAAUCGUUUUUACGUUCUUUUAUUCGUGACGUAGACGCCGCGGCUCUAUCGCCGCUCUAUCGCCACCUUUUUUCCCCGCCCCCCCCUUUCUCCUUCCUUCCCUUCUUUUUUUCGCACGCGUCGCUGCUCACGCGUCGACCACUCCUACCGCUGUACCCCUACACCUAUGCCUAGUAGAUAGGGUGGAAUUCGAUUCGUCGAAUCGUUCCUUCUUCUCCGAUAAUAAAAUUCACCGUCUCCGCGACGUUUCGCGAUGCACGCGCGCGGCAUUACCGCGUUGCAACCGAAUCGCGAUUCAAAUUUAGCCGACCGCGAACAAUAAUAUUGAUUUCAGCAAGCCGGAAUUUUGCUCUUCCUGGGAUAAACAUCCCGAGGCGCAGCACGUGGCACCAAUAUGUGCUUUCGUUCUCUCUCGCUAGGUAUACGUAUACGCCGACGAAAAAGGGAGAGAGAGAGAGAGAGGGAGGGGAGAGGAGGGAGAGAAGGAGAGAGAAUUCGUUUCAGGGCCGUUCAGGGAAACACGCGUCCCGAUUUUUACGGACGGCAACGGUUUCGUUUCUUUCCACGUCUUUUCCAUUCCACGGAAUCGAACGUUGGAUGGAUUUUAGAGGAGGAGGAGGAGGAGGAAGGAAAAAAGGAAAGGAAUCUGGAUCUCUCGUUCCAGCGACAUUAGGAGGGAAGGUAAGAUAGGAUUAGGUAACGUAAGUGGCGGAUGCGGGGUAUAUACGCGAGGAUGACGCGACGCGACGUCGAGAAAGAGAUGGAAAAGCGAUUUCACCGAUUCUCGAGGGGGGGUCCCGAUUCGGAUUCGCGGCGGACAGUUGAAAGGAAUACGGGCCGUAGGAGACGAUGGGCCCCCGGGUGACGAGCACCGCAACUCUCGGACCCCCAACGGUGACACGAGCUACGUUACAUUCCGCAUCGUCAUCGAAUCGGCAUCACCGUGUCAUCCUCGUCUACCGCGUCACGCGCCACGUUUUCGAUUUCCUCCCUCGACUCGAAGGGUUGGCGAGCGCGAACCGACCGGCCGAAAAUUCUUUUCCAAGAAUUUUACCGCGAACGAGCCGCGACCAUAGACGCACUUGGUGCAUCGCCAGGAAAAUUGCACGCUCCUCCUUGCUACGUAGUUAUUGCCAACGACUGGCCGACCAAUAAGCACCGUUGCGUGGGAGGAACGAAGAGAGAGGUAGCGAGGGAAAGGGUGAGAGGAGGAGGAAAGAGAGAGAGAGGCAGAGAAAGGAGAGGAGAAGUAGGUGGAACGAGAAGAAACCCGAUUGGUCCUACUCCCGGAGGAUAUCGUGGCCAUAGAAACUCUGCUUCUCGAGGAGAAGCGAGAGAGAGAGAGAGAGAGAAAGAAAGAGAGAUCGCACGGCUAUUCCGAAAUAAACGGAUACUAUAGGAAGCGGGGAUUAUCGAAAAGGGCCGAUGGAGAAUUCGAUUCUUCUUUCCAUCCUCCAAUUCCAUUUUCUUUCCUCGAUCGGAAUUACAACGAUCCAAAUCGUGUGGCGACUCGAUAGAAUAAUUUCGGGAAAGAUCGAAAGAGAGAGAGAGAGGGAAGAGAAAUUGAUCGGAGUUGGAAGAUCGGUCGAUUCGAUCGUCGAUCUCGGAUAGUUUGGAGCGUGGCGCGUGAAAAGGCAUCGGCGAUCUCUCGGUGGACGCGGAGACGAGAAGAAGGAGAUCUCUGCUCGAUCGUCGGACGAUCGUGGUCGGGCAAAGCAUCGAAAGAGAGACCCUUUCCCCUCGUGUCGAGGUUGGUCGGUGGGCACGAUCGCGAAGCAACAAGUGUUGGCAGCUCUUCGGCCCGUCGCUCCGCCCCCAACUAGCAGUCGCUGUUGGAGCGAUCGGUGGAAAGUGCCCCGAGGCGAUUCAACCACCUCACUCGAGCGUCGAUCGCGCAAGCAACUGGAAAUCCUCGUCUCGCGCUCGCCUCUCUCUCUCUCUCUCUCUUUCUCUCUCCUCGUUUCGUUCUCUUUUUUUUUCCCCCCGUUCCAUCGGACAAACGCGAGCGCGAUGUUCCAUAACCGUAACCGUUCAACAGUUUUGUGCUCCGUCGAGUGAUCACCGACUUUUCUCCGUCGUCGUUUCCUUCGUCGACCGAGUGCCACGUUCGUCCCACGAGGUGUUCCUCGAAACGGUCGCCAAUUUUCGGACGAGAAGGGAGCUGCGAUAUCGCGUAUCGUGCUUCGAGCGCAGUGAUUCUCGCGAAAAAUUAUCGUUCGAGAAAGCUUCUUCCUUCUUCGAGAAACGGGCGCCGUUCCGAAGAGAAAACCCGGAUCUCUGCAGAAAAUCGGAGCCUUCGACGGCAUUAUAUCGAAAGUAUUUCGGCGAGUAUUAUAGAUAGCACACGUUAACGUUAGUCGAACGUUAACGUCGAGAGCAGCCGUAGCCGAUAGCGGCAACGAAGAGAAGGAAAAAAAUAAAUAAAAUCGAGAACCGAUACGCAAAAGAAGAAGAAGAAGAAAAAGAAGAGGAGGAGGAGGAAGAAGAAGAAGAAGAAGAAGAAGAAGAAGAAGAAGGAGAAGAGGAGAUUAGAAUUGGCUUGACGGCGAGGAAAAAGCGAAGGAAAGAUAGGAUACGAGACGAGUUGCCGUCGGCAACUCGAGAUGCACGCUCGUUGCAGUUGCUCGCUUCGUAAUCGAGCGAAGAAUUAAUUAAACGUGACAAACGUGCGCGUAUUGCUCCGCGAUACCGAGGCGUCGGAGGGAAGACGAGUCGACAACAAGAGAAGAGGAAAGAAGGGAAACGCGAUCGCCGCGACGCAGCUGAAAACAGAAACACGCGAAAAACGGAAGUGACGCGUUAACCGUUGCGAUAAAAUGGUAAUUGCGAUUAAUAAUCGUGCAAGCAUCGCUUACGUUUCUCCUUCGAUGAACGAUGAACGGGUCUGGUAGCGCGCGAUAAAUCUCUCGAGAAUUCGUCCCUUUCCUUUCGAACGGUCGAGCGGAAAAUCGAGAAGAUGAACGACAUUAUGGGAGAGGCGGCAUCGGGUUCGAUUUCCUCGAGCGCCACCCCUGUCGCCACCCCUGUCAAUUCCGCCAACAGUUCCACCGCUAUCAACGGGAACAACAACAUCGAUAACGGGAGUAACAAUGGGAGCAGCAACAAUGGAAAAGCGGGAAAUAUGAGUGGCGCGGUGGCGGCGAACGGAGGCGAGAGAAUCAGCGCCGCGGUUACCAAAGUUCUUCAGGGAUACGAUUGGACCUUGGUACCUGUUGCCACCAAGGGUUCCGGUGACAAAAGAGCAGCCCACGUGAAGAGACCGAUGAACGCGUUUAUGGUGUGGGCUCAGGCCGCGAGGAGAAUACUCGCCGAUCAAUAUCCUCAACUUCACAACGCGGAGCUGUCCAAGACUUUGGGCAAACUUUGGCGGUUGCUGUCGGACAACGACAAGAAACCGUUUAUCGAGGAGGCUGAUCGGCUCCGCGUGAUCCACAAACGCGAGCAUCCGGACUACAAGUAUCAACCCCGGCGGCGAAAGCAAAACGGCCCGUCGGGGAGAGAGGGGUCGCCGUCGAGGAGCCAGAGCAACGUAACUUUCAACGUGUCCAGGUCGUUGAAGCAGGAGGACGCGAGCCCACGCCCCGUCCAGGGUCCCAACUCGCCUCAGAGCGGGGUCAGCUCGUCCCCCCCGACCACCCCUAAUCAAGGACUGUCUCCACCGACCCCUCCCACUACUCCCCGCGGACAGCAUUACGCGAAUCAGGGGAAUCAACCGCAACCGAGCGCCACCAUGUACCACCAUCAUCAAGAGCUGGGAAUCGGUGGCUCGACCGAGACGUCCCAUCAACAUCAACAUCAGCCGGGAGUCGAUUUCAGGUACAUCGAGGUCGGAGACGGUUUACCGAUCGAGGAGGGCCAAUUGAACGGACUCGGCUCACUGGCGGGCGUUGGUCUCAAUCUUCCGUUGAACCUUCAAGAGUGCGAGGUGGAGAGCAACGAGUUGGACCAGUAUCUUCGCCCUCAAGUGCCCCCACCGGUCCACGUACCAGCGCCUACCACCACCUCGUCCUCGUCCCCGUGGAUAUUCAACAGAUACGACGAAGAGAUGGAGAGACCGAGCAAGCGACACUGCUCGGAACCGCAGCCGAUAGGCGAAACUUCUUGGGAGGAUCGAGCACAGGCGGACAUAGUCAGAUAUCACGAACUUCAGCCCCCCCUUCCCCCCAUGCAAUACAUAUCCUCCUCCCACAAUUCGCACUAUUCGCACACGAGCACGCAGAUGAGCCAUCCGCACGUGUCCACGUCCUACGCGCAAUACCAACGUUACGUACCUGGUAUCGAAACCUGGCCUCAUUACAUGUAAGUGAGAAGGGGGGAGGUGAGAAAUUAAAAGAGAAAUUAUCCCGCGCAGCAACAACCGCGGCAACAACCGCGACGGACAACUCCCUUGUUUGCGAGUUACGACUCCUCCACGCCUCCCCCUCCCUCCCUCCAUUCGAUCCAGUUUUUUUUUCCAACAGAUUUUAUCGCUGAUUUUGUUCACAAUCGCGUCUCUGUAAGCGCGCGUACGCGUUCAAGUGUGCAUAAUAUAGGUGUAUAUAUAUAUAUAUAUAUUAUAUACAUACAUAUAUAUAUAUAUAUAUAUAUAGGAGGCUGCUAACGUAUAUAUACGUUGAUACGUAUGCGCGUAUUUAACAGAAGGAAAACUGGAUCGUGCGAAAUCUAUCGACCGGUUGGAAGUUUCCGCGUUUCGUUCGCGUUGGAAACGUUGCUCCGAUCGUUGGACGCGUCGAAAGAGAAGGACGCGAGAGAAGCCACGAUCUUACUCCAUGACAUCAUUCCAUGACAGUCGGCCAUUCCAAAGCGCAGAAUUUCAGGCUAAACAAACAGCACGCUCGAUACGAUACCCUGCCGCGUGAUCUAAAUAUAAUAAUAAUAUAUAAGGCUUGAAGUGUGCGUAUAUACCGGCCUUUGCGCUCGCGAGGCCGAACCGCGUACGCUGCUUGCCGUGCUCUUCAAAAUAAACUCGCGAAAUUCGAUCGCGAUCGUAGUCGAGUCGCGAAAACGACUGCUCUCCGAAUUUCCAACGACGGAUCCGCCUCCUGUCACCGUCUUUUCUCGGGGAGAUUUCACGGGAAGAAUCUCAACGGGGGUUCGUAUCGAGCGAUAAUCGCGAGACGAGAAGCACGAGAAAUCGUCGAGAUAAAUAAGGUAUUAACGCCGAUAACCGUGCUUUUGUACUUACAUUUAUCGUUUAGAUAUACAAUUUAUCGCGCAUCCUGUAACAAGCGCGAACUUGCGUAGAAACUUGUAGAAACGUUUAACGCGCGAGCGUUCGAAGAGCGUUAAUUUAUAAGUAUGACGAUAUGUUAUAAGAUUUGUCCGAAAAAUAAAGGAAAAAAAAAAAAAAAAAAAGAAGAAAGAAACAAGA